CCUUCCCCCAAAUCUUUUGCCCUCUCCCCAAAUCUUUCUCUCCCUUCCCCAAGCCUUUCUGACUCUCUUCAAAUCUCUCCCCCUCUCCCCAGUUCUUUCCCUGUUUCCCAUAUCUUUUUUCUCCAUAUCUUUUCUCCCUAAUCUUUUCUCCACAUAUUUUUUCUUCCCUGCUUCCCUCCGCUCCCCUUUUCCCAAACCUUUUCUCCCUAAAUCUUUUCUCCCCAAACCCUUUUUUCCCCUCUUUCCCUCCACUCCCCCUUCCCCAAACCUUUUCUUCACAAACCUCUUCUCCCAACGUCUUCUCCGCAAAUCUUUUCACCCCUCCUUCCCUCUGUUCCCCCUUCUCCUAAUCUUUUCUCCCCAAAUCUUUUCACCCUUCCUUCCCUCCGCUCCCCCUUCCCCAAAUCUUUUCUCCACAAACCUCUUCUCCCCAAAUCUUUUCACCCCUCCUUCCCUCCGCUCCCCUUUCCCCAAACCUCCCUCCCGACAAAAAUCCUUAUCCCUCCCCCAAAUCCCUGCUUCCCUUCUCCCCUCCCCAAAUCCCUUCUCCCCUCCCUCUCCCCCCUGUCCCCCCCCUCACCCGCAGUCUCCCCGGCUGGCUGGGCGCUCCCUCCCCGCGCCCCUCCCCGUCCCGUCCCACCCCCGACCCGCCUCCUGCAGCCGCUCGCUCCGGUCGGGGCGCGCCCGGCGGCGGCGGCGGGCGCAGGGGAGGCAGCCCCGCUCCGCACCGGCACCGGCAGCGCUCGCAGCGGCACCGGCAGCACCAUCGGCAGCGCCGGGCAGGGCGGCGGCGGGGCGGCGGAGGACGAUGGGCCGGCGGCGAGCGGCGGCGGCGGCCGGGCGGCUGGCGCAGCCCGAACCCAGCGGCAUGGAGCCCGGCGCCGGUGCAGAAUGAAGGGUGCCUGCCGCCCCCCCCCGCAGACAUGUCUGUGCCUUUACUCAAGAUUGGAGUCGUCCUCAGCACCAUGGCCAUGAUCACCAACUGGAUGUCGCAGACGCUGCCCUCCCUCGUGGGGCUCAACACCACCAAACUCACGGCGGCCACGGGCGGCACCUUGGACCGCAGCACGGGAGUGUUGCCUACCAACCCAGAGGAAAGCUGGCAGGUCUACAGCUCUGCCCAGGAUAGCGAGGGACGUUGUAUAUGCACAGUGGUGGCACCUCAACAGACGAUGUGCUCGCGUGAUGCCAGGACAAAGCAGCUGAGACAACUAUUAGAAAAGGUGCAAAACAUGUCCCAGUCGAUAGAGGUGUUGGACAGGCGGACCCAGAGAGACCUACAGUACGUGGAGAAGAUGGAAAACCAGAUGAGGGGACUGGAAACAAAAUUUAAGCAAGUGGAAGAAAGCCACAAGCAGCACCUGGCAAGGCAGUUUAAGGCAAUAAAAGCGAAAAUGGAGGAACUUAGGCCUUUGAUACCAGUGUUGGAAGAGUACAAAGCCGAUGCCAAAUUGGUAUUGCAGUUUAAAGAGGAGGUCCAGAAUCUGACGUCAGUUCUAAACGAACUCCAGGAGGAGAUUGGCGCCUAUGACUACGAAGAGCUUCAGAACAGAGUGUCAAAUCUUGAAGAAAGGCUUCGUGCAUGCAUGCAAAAAUUAGCUUGUGGGAAGCUGACAGGAAUAAGUGACCCGAUCACAAUUAAAACCUCGGGGUCCCGGUUCGGAUCGUGGAUGACGGAUCCUCUCGCUCCCGAGGGAGAGAACAAGGUCUGGUACAUGGACAGCUACCACAACAACCGCUUCGUGCGCGAGUACAAAUCCAUGGCAGAUUUCAUGAACACUGACAACUUUACCUCCCACCGCCUCCCUCACCCGUGGUCGGGCACCGGUCAAGUGGUCUACAACGGCUCUAUUUACUUCAACAAAUACCAAAGCCACAUAAUUAUCAGGUUUGACUUGAAAACAGAGACCAUUCUCAAGACCCGCAGCCUGGAUUAUGCCGGCUACAACAACAUGUACCACUACGCCUGGGGCGGCCACUCGGACAUUGACCUCAUGGUGGACGAGAACGGGCUGUGGGCCGUCUACGCCACCAACCAGAACGCGGGGAACAUCGUCAUCAGCAAGCUGGACCCCAACACCCUGCAGAGCCUGCAGACCUGGAACACCAGCUACCCGAAACGCAGCGCCGGGGAGGCCUUCAUCAUCUGCGGCACCCUCUACGUCACCAACGGCUACUCGGGGGGCACCAAGGUGCACUACGCCUACCAGACCAACGCCUCCACCUACGAGUACAUCGACAUCCCCUUCCAGAACAAGUACUCCCACAUUUCCAUGUUGGACUACAACCCCAAGGAUCGGGCUCUCUACGCCUGGAACAACGGGCACCAGAUACUUUACAACGUCACCCUCUUCCACGUCAUCCGCUCCGACGAGUUGUAGUCCCGCCCCUUGUUUAGAGACCGGUUUAGAAAAAAAAAAAAAAAAAAAAUUAAAUAAAUGAAAUAAACGUGAAAAGGAUUAAAAAAGAAAAAAAAAAAAGGGGAGAAACUUAAUUUAAAAAAAAAAAGCUAAUAAGGAAACACACUUUAAAUAAGUAAAUAUAUAAACAGCUGCCAAAAUUAAGACCAACGUCAUGGAGGAUAAUUCAGCAUAAACCUGACAGAUCAGCAUUACCUCUACAUUUCUAGAAGUCUGGCUCUGUGUUAUAGACUAACGAGUCACCAUGUACUUGCAGCUGGAACUGCACUCAAAGAACCACUUAAGUUUGGGGUUUUGUUUUGUUUCUGUUCUGAUAGCAAACCUAUAGUACAUACUAAAGCAGUAAGGCAAUGACUGUUGGAAGUUUAUCCUUGGGAGACUCGCUCUCUUCUGUGUGUGGGUUGCAUGGACAUUCCCCCGGCGUCACGGUCAGCUGUGAUGGAUGUGUGAUUUGUAUUUUUAAGCAGAAAAAGCUGACCCGUGAGGAGCUCUCGCUGUCUGAACAAGACCUAUCACAGGUUAGUUUUCUUCGCCUUCCAUUGCAGCUACUGUCUCUCUCAACUGUGUUCUUGUCACUUAGAUUAACUGUGCUGAGACCCGAAGUAGCUCAUGGAUCUGUGUCUUAGUAACUAUUAAACACGAUGGUUUAAGUAUGUAUUAUGAACAAGUUGUUGUACCCAUAUUGUUUGAACUUAUGUAUUCAGCAAAUAUAUUGUAUAAUGUAUGUCUGUUAUUUACCAGAGGUGGCAAAACUUUGUAUGUCCAGUUUAUGCAAUGAAUGUUGUAAAUGCAAUGAUGUAGUUUGGAUUAAUAAAUGAUGGUUUUUGUUUCUAAAAAGAAAAAAAAAAAGAUCAGUGUUCACCCUUAUACACAGAUAACCAAUUUCAUGUUGAUAAUUACGAGAAUAUUCUCUUACUGUUAUACUAUCUACAUAGCAUUAUGGUGGUUGGAAAUUGCUUCUGUGGAAAUUCUGUGGCAGCAGAUUCCCAUGGGAAGCUUUGUUUAUGGAAGUGUGAAGGUAAUUAAUUUUUUUUAAGAGGAAAACUUUGUACUAUCCACAGUUAUCUAAGGAACAAUAAAAAUAUUAGGAGACUUC